GCCGCUCGGCGACCGGCUCAGUGCGUGUUGGGUCUUCCUGCGAGUCUCGUGUAUUCCUCUACUGACUUAAGUAGACCUAGAUAUCUAAAACCAUCAAAAAUGUUGAAAGGAGUCAGUGUUUUGUUUGGGAUCUUUAUGAUCCUGGGUGUUCAAGGGUUAGACAAUGAUUUAUUCGAGGAUACUGUUAAUAUGAUUGAAGAUUGUCAGGAUAGACCAGUUACACUUUGCAUUAAAGAACGUGCCUUAAAAGUAAUGGACACCUUCCCAAGCGAAUAUGACUUCGGAGGAGGUUUGAUCAUCCGUCCAGCAACAGGGGUCAAGAGAUCAGCAAGAUACUUCAACCCUAAUUCCUUACCAAAAGAACCCAACGCCCGUGAGGAUCUCCUCGACGAGGUGCUCAUGGACCGCAUCGUGGAUUACCUCAGCACACACACUUUCCAGUUCAAAGUACCUGAAGACACAAUUCGUGAAUUCAAACGCUCCCUGGACGCAGAGGAAAAACAACUUGAAGAGGACGAUGACACCGAAACCGUCGGAGAAGGUCGUAAGAAGAAGAAGAAGGUUCUACCAUUAUUACUCCUGUUGAAAAUGAAGGCGGCUGCCAUAGGGGCAAUAAUGCUCAAGAUGAUAGCACUGCUAGCCUUCAAAGCGCUAGUGAUUGCAAAGAUCGCCCUACUUCUAGCGUCAAUAAUCGCAUUGAAGAAAUUAGUGGAUCACAAGCACCAUCAUGGCGGUUAUGAAGUAAUUGCUGCGCAUCCCUAUGAGGAUCAUGGACAUUCAUUUGAUCGUUCAUUUGAUACAUCCGAGUUGCCUUAUCGUGGUUAUGCACCCGAACACAUGAAGUAAUAGCUUACACUAUCUAACCUUAAACAUGCAACAAUGGUGUCGGUAACGUAACAUAACCUCAAAAAUGAACACCUCUAGUCAUAACGCAACACUUCUCGUUUGUUUUGAAUUUAUUUAUUUGUUUAUUUAUUUAUUGGUUUAUAUAUAAAUAUUUAUGAAUAUUUAACGAUAACUGUAAUCACAUUUUGUAGUUUUCUAGUUCAGUGUGUGUUUGUUUUGAUUAAAGUUAUUAAAGAGAUUAAACAAAAA